AUGGCCGCUAGUGAUUCCAUAAUUUCCAUUGGAGAGGAAGCUGAAUGCGAGGAAUGUGAGGAAUUUGGCAUUAACAUUCCACCAUUAAUGCCACCUGCAGAGUGGCCGGAAUGCUGUAUCUAUCGGGUUCCCAAGAAACUGCGCAAAGUAAAUGAAGAAGCCUACACCCCAAAGUUAGUUUCAAUAGGUCCUUUUCAUCACUGCCGAGAAGAAUUGAAGGACAUGGAAAUGCAAAAAUUGAGAUAUUUGAAGGAUUUCUUGGAUCAAACCGGGAAGAGCAAGGAGGAUCUUCUAAAGAUCAUUCAAAACAAAGAAGAAAAAAUCCGUCAUUGCUAUUCAGAAGACUUUACACACAUAAGUAGUAAUCAUUUUGCAAAAAUGAUUCUAUUGGAUGCCAUCUUUAUAAUUGAGCUCUUCCGGAGGACCAAACCUUGGCAGCCGGAAAAUGGCGAAAAUGAUGAAGAUGAUUACGUUAUAAAGAAUCCAUGGCUGACAAAUGGUAUUCGACUUGACUUGAUAUUACUUGAGAAUCAGCUUCCUUUUUUCAUUCUCAAGAAAUUAUUUAAGUUUACCGGUCCCGAAUAUCAUAAAGCACAAAAAGGAGGCAAGAACAAAGAGGUUACUUUUCUGGAGCUUUCCCUUAAUUACUUUUAUGUUUUCACUAUUAGUAAUCGUAUUGAUACGCAGCUGCCAGAAAAUUUCAACAGAAAGGAAGUAAAACACUUCACAGAUUUGAUAAGACAUGUGUUCUGUUCAGUACCAGGCCUGACUAUGAAACUUAAACAAGAUUUGGAUAGUAGAAUAUGUGCCACAAGGCUAGAUGAUGCAGGAUUGAAAUUCAAAGCAGUUAAAGAAAGAAGAUUGCUUGACAUAAAAUUAUGUAGGAAUAAGUGCUUGGAACACUUUCCAUGCUUCAAUUUGUCAUGGCUCUUGGCUUGUUUACCAUGCUUGAAAAAGCCGUUUCCAUGGAUGGAAAAAAUGCAAUCUAUCUUGGAAAUCCCCCCACUUCUGGUUGACAGCAAUACUGAAGAUCUUUUUCGAAACCUCAUGGCCUUGGAGCAAUGUCGUUAUCCACUUAAUUCUUACAUCUACAAUUAUGUUGAGCUAUUGGACUAUCUAAUCGACGCUGACAAAGAUGUGGAUUUGCUCGUUCAAAAAAAGAUCAUUGUUAACAAUAUCGGUAGCAAUGAAGCGGUGGCAAAAGUAAUUAACAGUCUUUGCCUUGAGAUUGUGGUAAAUAAAUCAUGUUACUCCAUUCUAGGUAAAGAGAUUAAUGAUUACAGUGAUAACCAUGUCAACCGCAUCAUGGCAACCAUGAAAAGUGAGUUUUAUCGUGAUUUUUGGAGAGGCACUGCAACAACAGUUGCACUGUUUGUCAUGCUUUACCAAUUCUGGGGUUUUCUUCGACCUUUUGUGAUAAAAAGGGAAUGA